UCUAAUUUCGCUUUUUCUCAAAUAUCUGCUAGAUUACUCUUGUUCUUCGCCGUUCCCUCUUGAGACAAACACUAAGAUAAGUAGUAUGUCGCAAGUGGUACGAAAGCAAGAGAAUCUACAUACUGAAGAUUUCAAGGGGCGUCUGGGAGAUGCAAGGAUGGGUUCCGAUGACGAGUAUCAUUCCCGCCGAGCAAAAGUAUUGUUACCAGCGACAGGUGUACUGACCAAAGAUGGCAUUCCUUUCUACCAUUUGAGACGGUAUGCACUGAAACCGAUUCAUCUACAACGGAUCAGGCAAUGUGGAGUCGAAUUGAAAACUGGGCAGUUCUCAAGUGACGAAAACAAGCGACUUAAAAGGAAUUGGGAGAAAUAUGCAACAACAAAUGACGUCGAUUGCAAUCGAGCUUAUGAGUUUGCAGGUGGAUGUAGUAGAGAGAUGAGUGGAGAUGAACGGAUCAAUUUGCUAGUGUUUCAGAAUAAAACAAAUUUUGUACCAGCAAUGUGUGAAGGAUUCAAUGAUCGAACAGGGCGGCAGGUCAUCAGCAGAAUGUUAAUUAUGUACCAUCCAGGUGAAAGAAGCAGGCCGGAAUGGAACGAUGAACUAGAGAAACAGUUUGAGAAAUUGUAUGCUGAAGGUUACUCAUCUCGGGCUAUAAGUAUUCGCUUACAACGAUCCAAGGCCGAAGUAGAUUAUCGAAUUAAUUUGUUGAGAAGGAGAACAGAAAAAUCGUGUGAUUUUGAUGACUGUGACAUUGAAUUGCCUGAUAGCACGCGACAAGUUCUUUAUGGUUUUGUGAGCAAAUGGUUGCUUCCUAAAAAUUGUCCUUACGAAUUAGAAGAAAUGUUGCCAGAAAAAGAAACAUGGAAUGUGGCUGAUUUUGCAUUGCUGCAGGAUCAGGAAAAGGCUAUGUCGUAUUUGCCCUGGCUCUCACUCACUUGGAAGAUGUUACGUCCUGUUCCUAUAAUCAAGAAAUUUUGGUUGAAAGAGGUCGAAAGAUUACGUGCAGCGUGCGAAAGAUUUGGCGGAAAUACAGAAAAGGCUACGGAUGUUUGUAUGCCAAAACUUCCUCUAAUAAGCGUUGGCGAAUAUAGGCGUGCUCUAAAAUUGUUUUUGGAACAAAAACCAAUGUUCCCUAGUCAUCUUAAUAUUGAACAGUUACAGAAGAGAAUUGAGGAGGAAAAUUUAAUCGGCUACUGUACGAAUGGUUUGAUUGAAGGUGAAUUUCUGAAAAGAAUGUUCUGCAUUCAUAUUGUCAAUUUUAGAAAUGCCACAAGGGCAGUGAAUCUCGCAAAUAUCACUUGUGUCGAUUGGAUUUCCGUUCUCAUCGAGUACCUUACACAUUUGGAUGGAAGCCUACGGAAGUGGCACUACAAUAUGAAGUAUGUAAGAGAACUUGUUUCGCAAACCCUGGAAAAGAAGUGUGCGAAUGUUCCGAUUAGCAGUAGUGGUACUGCUGUGAACACCGAUGACAUUAAUUCAUUGCUUUGUUUAGCAACAUCGAACGGGGCUCAUAAACAUGAACAAAAAUACUGCAAACCAUAUAUUAAUGGUCUAGAAGUGAGCAAUACGAACAGUCAAAAACUUGGAACGAAUGAGGAAAUAACUUUCUUCGAUGUUUAUAUCGAAUACUUCAUCGAAAAAUUAAAAAAUCUUGUCGAAUCUCGAAUUUUGUUGUUUGAUGAGCAGGGGCAACGAAAAUUUGCGAAGAAAUUAAGGAAAAUAAUGAAAAAAGAUGAGAAAUUAGAACCAUUGCAAAGGUUGGUUAAGAAAAUGAUUUUCAGUCUGGAAGAUGAGCAAAAAAUGAAAUUGACCAAGAAGUAUCAAAAGAUUAUGAGAAGAUUUCAAAAAAUGCAAGAAGCAAAAAAUAUCAAAAGCGACGUUCACUGUGAACUUAAUGAAGCAGAAAUAUCUCGUGAAGGAGGUGAAACGAUAAACUGUACGGAUUGUUCUGGAGGAGUUACUGAAAUGACCGGAGAAGCAAAGCAGCUAGGUUCUAAUAAUGAUUUUAAUAUUAAUAGCCCACUGGAAUUACAGCUGAAAAGGGAAGAAGCAUGUAAUAAUGGUGAAUCAAAACGACGGAAAAUAGGAUGAGAGCUAUUUAUGGAAGCUCUAUUUCAUCAGGGCUAAAUUAGCUAGUGAAACCACUUCAAGAAUUAGAAUGUGGUACUGUGGACAUCGAUCUAUUACGGAAAAGAAAGAAUAAGGGAAUUAAAUGUAAAAAGGGAGGAAAUUAUGAUGCCAUGACUAGUUUUCCCAGCAUUUUGAAUGCUUAAUAACAUAAGAUGUUGAAAUCCAAACAACCUACUCAUUCUUUACCCAUUAUCUCUGUUUCUGGUAGACAAAAUCUGAACUAAUAUUAAUAAACUUUCUUGGCAUAUGUACAUUAGAUUGUUUUUUGUUUCGCUUUUUCCGCUUAAUGACUACUCUGACUAAUCCGUCGUGAUUUCAUGAGUUUAAUUCUUUCGGACCAACAAUGCCUCUUUCAUAUGACUUUGAGUCGUGGGUUCUGUUUCGAGUGAUUUCUAUCUUUCUUGGACAAAACUGCCAAUGAGCCAGUCAUUUUACAACCUUAAUUAUUGAGUAUCCAAGACUUUUACUGCAGUCUAUUCUAAUACCGACUUUCCUGGUGCUGGUUAUAUUCACCGUUCAUAACCCACUUUGUUCGCAAAAUGACGGGACGAGUUUGAUGUUUAGGACAUUUUUUGUUUAACAGGAUUCUGUUCGCUAAAUGUGACCUUAUGCUUGACUUGAAUUUGUUGAUAACACUAAUUUAUGAAUAAAUGCGUC